AUGGCGGAACCAAGCAAAGUGGAAUUUCAGUUAUACAAUAGCAUGACAAAGCAGAAGGAGAUUUUCCGGCCGAAGGAAGAGGGCAAGGUUGGAAUGUAUGUCUGCGGUGUCACGGCUUACGAUUACAGUCACAUUGGCCAUGCUCGCGCCUAUGUCUCCUUUGACGUCCUAUAUAGGUACCUAAAACAUCUGGGUUAUGAAGUUGUUUAUGUUCGGAACUUCACCGAUGUUGAUGACAAGAUCAUAAAAAGAGCAAACGAAAAUAGAGACAAAGAAUCUGCCAAUGAAUUUCGUGAAGAUGCAUUAUCUUUGAGUGCUCGAUUUUGUUUGGAGUUUCAAAAGGACAUGGAUGCUCUUCAAUGUCUUCACCCUACCCAUGAACCCCGUGUCUCUGAUCAUAUAGAAGAUAUUAAACAAAUGAUAUCUCAGAUUAUAGACAAUGGUUGUGCUUACAUAGUUGAUGGGGAUGUGUACUUUUCUAUUGAUAAUUUUCCAAACUAUGGAGUACUAUCUAGAAGAAAUUUGGUGGAUAAUAGAGCUGGAGAACGAGUUGCUGUUGAUUCAAGGAAGCGAAAUCCAGCUGACUUUGCCUUGUGGAAGGCUGCGAAGCCUGAGGAGCCAAGUUGGGAGAGUCCGUGGGGUCCGGGAAGACCAGGAUGGCAUAUUGAAUGCAGUGCCAUGAGCGCUCGGUAUCUGACGCAUUCUUUUGAUAUUCAUGGUGGUGGGAUGGAUUUGAUUUUCCCUCAUCAUGAAAAUGAGAUUGCCCAAAGUUGUGCAGCUUGCUCAGAGAGCAACGUGAGGUACUGGGUACAUAAUGGUUUUGUCACCGUUGAUGAUGAGAAAAUGUCCAAGUCUCUUGGUAAUUUUUUCACUAUUCGUAAGGUUACCGAUGAAUACCAUCCACUUGCAUUGCGAUAUUUUUUGCUGGGGAUGCACUAUCGUUCUCCCGUGAAUUACUCGAUAUUGCAGAUAAAUAAAGCAUCAGAUUCUCUUUUUUACAUUUAUCAGACCUUGGAGAAGUGUGAAACUGUUCUGAGGGAAUUCCAGGAGAAGAAGGUUGCUACUGAUUACCUUGAUGCCAAAGUCAGCCGUUCAGCACAGGAAUGCCUUGAGAACUUGCGUAGAGAAUUUGACAUAAAAAUGGCGGAUGAUUUGCAUGCCCAUGUCAUUGUGACUGGUGCGUUGGCAGAUGCCCUGAAAGUUAUGAAUAGUUCUUCAGACGAUCUUCAGAAAAAUCUACGGAAGAAACAAAUACCCAAGCAACUGAAGUUGGGUCCUGUACAGCCCCUUGAAGAGUUGGAAAAGGAAGUGAGAAAAGUUUUGAAUAUCUUGGGGUUGCUUUCAGACUCGAUGUACUCUGAGGUGCUAAUGCAGUUAAAAGAGAAAGCUUUGCAAAGAGCUGGGAUGAGAGAGGAAGAUGUUUUGCUUAAAAUUAAGGAAAGAGCAGAAUUAAGGAAAGCGAAAAAGUUUGAAGAAGGUGAUAAGAUUAGAAGUGAGUUGACUGCCAAGGGUAUUGCUUUGAUGGAUGAGGGUAAGGAAACAAUUUGGAGGCCAUGUGUGCCGCCUGAAGAAGAACCCGUUCAGAAAGAACUCAAGACUGCAUUAGUUGAACCUGUUCAGUCGCUUGCAUUGACAGAUCAGGAACACAAGUCAACUCCACCAGCUAGUUGA